UAACGUAGACCCGUUUCUUGAAACGCAUGCGCCUAUUCCUUCGCUUAACAACACCCACUCCAAACACUUCAGUUGACAUCGUGUGCAGUAGAGUAACACACUAGGUUCUUGCCUCUUUGAAAGUCAACUGCGCGUCCCUCGACUCGGAGUACACUUCAAAACUUCUGAAUUCAAGUAACGCGGCGCUAAGAAAAAAACUCGUCAGCCAUGGAUCAGAUGCUCGGAUGCCUCCAGGUGGACCAAUCAACGGUCGCGAUGAUCGAGCAUUUCGGGCGGUUCGUGCGCGCGCUCGACCCGGGCUGCUACUGCGUCCCGUGGUGCUGCUGCUACCGCACCGCGGGGCUCAUGAGCCUUCGCAUUAACCAACUCGACGUGCGCUGCGAGACUAAAACGAAGGACAACGUGUUUGUGACAGUGGUCGCGUCGAUUCAGUACCAGGCCAUUCGCGAGCAGGUCGAGGACGCGUUCUACCGCCUCGCGGACCCUCAAGCUCAAAUCCGUUCCUACGUCUUCGACGUUGUGCGCAGCAGCGUGCCCAAGAUGGAGCUCGACGAGGUGUUUAUAUCGAAGAACGAGAUCGCGCAGAACGUGGAGAAGGAGCUCGAGAAGGCCAUGCACGACUAUGGCUACCGCAUCGUGCAGACGCUCAUCGUGGACGUGGAGCCGGACGAGCGAGUUAAGGUCGCCAUGAACGAGAUCAACGCAGCCCAGCGCAUCAGGCAGGCGACUCAGGAGAAGGCGGAGGCGGAGAAGAUUCUGCAGGUCAAGAAGGCGGAGGGCGACGCCGAGGCUAAGUACCUCGCUGGCGUGGGUGUGGCUCGGCAGAGACAGGCCAUAGUGGAUGGGCUGCGGGAGAGCGUGAUGGGGUUUUCCUCGCAGGUUCCUGGAACCAGCGCCAAGGACGUGCUGGAUAUGGUGAUGUUAACGCAGUAUUUCGACACAAUGAGAGACAUUGGAGCCAACAACAAGUCAUCGACAAUCUUUAUCCCACAUGGUCCCGGGAAUGUGGGUGAUAUUUCCGCACAAAUCAGGGAUGGCCUCACUCAAAGCAUAGUGGCGUCUAAGAAUAUGUAGUCUAGGCAAUAACGAUUCGACCGUUAGCAGGUACGCUAUAUGGAAUGAUGUUUAUAUUGUGGGCUGAUUUUGUGGGUUUGUGGAAUAAGAUUAGGGACCACUUUUUAGGUGGUGUAGCAUUUUCGUUGUUGGCUCUCUGUGUAUGUUAGUCCUCGCUACUGCAUCUUCAAACGCAAAAUGCUGUGUAA